GAUGCCACCUCCGCCAGGAUUUGCCCUGACUCCUUGGGAUCUCUGGAUGGCCUGGUCACUUGAGUCAGUCCUCUGGGACGCCAUGCACCCGGACCAGUGGAACGACACGAGUGGCAACGGGAGCAGCUCUGGUAACGAAACAAGGGACGCCGACGACGCGUGGGAAGAAAUGAUGCAGUGGGAGGCCAGGCAGAAUGAAGAGCCCAACGACCACGAAACUGGUGGGGAGAACAACAGGCGCGAGCUUUUUGAUCAACCGAACGAUGAGGCGACAGAAAAGAAUGUUGACGAGCGCCAAGACCGUGACAAACGCUUUAUACAAGACAGGGGAAUGUCCAGCUGGCCGAAUUUCUGGAACAACUGGAUAAGGAGCUCGCCAUCUUUUGGAAACUAUUGGCCAAGAUUUAGACAUUUUGGCAACAGCGGUUGGAGAGGCCCCGGAUUUGCAUUCGUCAGUCCGUGGGAAAGGUGGAUGAGGUACAGGAACUUAAACUGGGAUUUCCCGAUGAACAGAUUCGAUUUUUCGCAUCGCGCCCGGAGAAGCAGUAACGAAGAUAAAGUUGAGAAUACCAACGAUGACCCUGAUCGAGAGCUGCGCAGUGAUGCAACUGACAAUCCGCGCAGAGAAUUUUCAUUUGACAAAUGGAAGGACAAUAACAGAGAACCUUCAAAGAAUCCGAAAAUGACGUCUGAUGAUAAAAAAGACAGCAUUUGGAGGAGUUCAACCAGCAAAUACGGCACGGAGAAUGACUGGCAGCAACAACUCAACACUGGUUCUUCACAGUGGAACCUAGGGUCUAAGGAACAAUACGGCACUCAAAGGUGGUCAAACGGUAAACUGUCCACAUCCCUCCCCCAAGGGCAGCAAGGGGAUUGGUUGCGAAGUUUGAUUACAAGCUCAAGGGGUGACUGGAAGAAGCCCUUUGGGGGACAAUCUUUCGGGGGUCAGUUUGAAAGCGCGAUCCUGCAGCCAACUACAAACUUCGUGUCGCCAAACGUCUUUAGGAACAUCGUACCUCGAACGAUGCUUGCAUCAUUCAUUCCACAGAAACCCGGCUCCUGGCCAGACUGGGGUGGUUUCUUUGAGGAAUUGAACAACUUCGAUUUUAGGAAUGCACCCAAGUUUACAAAUCCUUCCCAGAGGUCUGACUUUCCAGAGUUAAGUAAUUUCUUUCCUGAUGGUUAUGAUGCAGAUUUCGCGAACUGGCCUGCUGGGACCGGGGGUUUUAGUGGUCUGGAUGAUUUUGUUAGCCUUUGGAACAAACGAUUUGUGAGGGGAACAGAAUCUAAAAAUAGCAACACCGAAGAAAGUAAUUCGGAUCAGAUCGGGAAUGUCGAGGGCUCCAGGAAAAAGCGAAACACUGAUGCCUCAGAUAGAAACAAGAGAUGGGAUUUUCUCGGUUUUAGAUCCCCGUUCUUGGGUGGUCAACCGAUGCCGAACUGGGUCAACUGGUUUUACCCGUGGUGUCAGCAGUGGAGUCAGGAUAGGUUCCCGCGAGAGACCAACGAAAAGACCGGAGCUGACGAUGAUGAUCUCGAGAAAAGAAGUUCACAGGUCGAGAAAGAUAAAGGAAAGAGGUGGGGCUACGGUCAC